CAACAAAGCGCAUGUGGCACUCGCUCCGCCUUCGCUCCCUCCGCUCUCUAGUCAUGGUGUGGGAAAUCUAGUCGAUGACACCGAACUCGAACUGAGCUACAACUCUCCGACAAGACGACGUCGUCGUCAUCAUGGUCAUGGUCAUGGUCAUGGUCAUGGUCAACAUGAGAGAAACAUGUUGCAUGACUCUCGGCGUCAUGCAGAGUUUGACGCUGCUACUGCUGAUGAUGCUGCUGAUGAUGAUGAUGAUGGUGCUGCCGUGACCGCCGCUUCUCGUCUGCCGCGGCCUGUCCUGCCCAACAUUGAUGCUGGUCGUGGCGGCGAGCAAGAGGCAGAAGGGGACGCUGUGGCCCAGCAAAGCCAGGUCAUGGAGUUUGACUCGUACUCGGGGGACGAUCGCCCGCUCUCGGCCGAGGCAGUGCUUGUUACUCCCGCGGCAGUGGUCCGGAAUGGAGCCGGCGCGCACUCGCCGCCACACGGAAGAGUGGACCACCACGCAGGGCUCGGCUCGGUCUCGCCCAUGUCGUCGGACUCACUCUCGUCAGACUCAUCCCCAUCUGUACAUGCCGCAGAGUCGACGCGGGCCAUGGUGUACGAGUGGGAGCAGCCGCCGGCGCCGCCACCGCCGCCGCCAAACGCCGAGGCGCAGCGGGCGGCGGUGCUCGACCGAUACACCGCGGCAUCGGGUGUCAUUACGACGUACAAGACCCGUGACCAGCGCGAGGAGCGGAUUGUGCAGGCCCGUGCCCAGCGACAGCUCGCCGAGCUCCAGACCCGGGUUGAGAGCUGUGCCGUCGCGUUGCAGCAGGCGCGCGCCAGCCUCACUGCCGCCCGCCGUGAGGUUGACGGCACGCAUGCAGCCAUGCGCGAGGUUGACAAGGACAUCCGCAAAGUCACUCGCUCUGCGCUCCGCCAGCCAUUUGAGCUCGGCUCGCUCCGCAAGAGGCGCGCUCAACUCGAGACCCAAGUGCGGCUGCAGGAGCGCGAGGUCACCGACGCCGAGCGCGCCGUGGCCCGCGCCGAGGCCGAGCUCGGCACUGCCGAGCGCGAGCGGACCAAGGUGCUUCCAAUGGAGGAAGCAUUGACCAAGGCCGGGCAGAGCCAGCUGGUUGAGCUCAAGGUCAUUGCCAACGCGCGGCUGGAGCGUGAGCUGGCCUCGGCUUACCAAGUUGACCAGCGGGCCCGAACUCGCGAGCUGGCGCUGGUCAACGCCACCCGCAAGGAGGCAACCAAGGUUGCAGUCCAGAUGGACUCGGCCGUCUCGGCCCGCCGCAAAGCCGCCGCUCGCAUCAAGGCCAUCCGCAAGGCUGGCGCCAAUGAGGACGCAGCCGCGGCCGAGGCCACCCGCGCCGCCCUCACCGCCCGCCGCAAGGCCAUCCGCGAGCUGAAGGACCAUACUGAGGAGGCCCAGGCCGAAAUCCGCGCAGCCAACAAGGCCCGCGCUCGCGCCGCAGCUCGCCGCCGCCGCGAGGAGGAGCGCGAGGCUGCCGCCAUUCUCGCUCGUGGCGGCAAUCCGGAGGAGGUCUUCCGCCGCCGCCGUCUCGAAGAAGCCUAUCGCCGCCGCGCAGAGGCCGAAGAGGUCGAGCUUGAGGAGCGCAAGAUGGCCAUUGCCGCCCGGGUCCUCGUCGAAGAGGAGCGCCACGAGCGCCAGCUCCGCCGCGCCGAUAAGCUCUCGGUCGAGCAGGCGACCAAGGCGUCGGCACAGCGACGCAUUCUCUCGCGCAAGGACAAGCGUGAGGCGGUCAUGGAGUAUCUGCGCUCGCACAAGCGCGACGAUGCUGUGCUCGACGGCGGGCUUCCGGCCCCGCAACUGGGGCCUAACUCGAUCCAGCCGCCAUUCCCAUCGGACAUUGCGCCGCGUGAGAGCUGGGCUCACCCGCUCGGCGACGAGGCGACUGCCAUGACCCGCGAGCUCGAGGCUGCCGAGCGGGCCAAGUACGCCGAGCUCGUCUCGUCGCUUCCGCCACUGACUGCGAGCGCUAGCACGACAACGGGACGGGGCGAGCUGCCCAAGCUCGAGAUGUCAGAUGGCGAGCGCGGCUCAGGCCGCGCCACCGGUGGGGCGGACCCAUUUGCCGCGUUUGUGCGCCCAAUUUCGGCUCCGGCCGAGCGGGGAGGUGCAGCGCGAGGCCGGACAAGCCGUCAGUCACGCGGCAGUGAUGACAUGCUGGUGCCGGAGAUGCAGGGCUUGUGGGAGAGUGACUCCAAGCGAGCGGGAAAUCGGGCAGGCGAAGCGGUCCGGAGCGCGCGGAUGCGCCGAAACGGUUCGCUGCAUCGGCGGGCACGGAGCGCACGCACGUCACGGCCGCGGAUCGACCCCAACUACUCGGACACGGUGCGUGUGGCCGGCUUCGAGGCCUCACCGGCCUCGCUCACCUUUGCCGACUUUGUUGUCGGCGAGCACUACUCGCAGACGUUCUCGCUGACCAACGUGUCGUAUGGGUUCAACUCGUUUAAGGUGCUGGAGCUCCCGCUAGCCGUUCGUGACUUUUUCGAGGUUGCCUUUACGCCGCAAGGCAACAUGUCAGCCGGCCUCUCGACCGAGCUGACAGUCACCUUCUCGCCCAAGGUCGACGAGGACCUCACCACGCUGUUGCAGAUCCAGUCAAAGACCGGAGUGCUCGGCGUGCCGAUUGCGGCUAAGACCCGCAAGUGCGACGUUGCGCUCGAGUCCAAGAUUCUCGACUUUGGCUCGGUCGUCAUCGGCGAGUCGUCAACUCUCAAGCUGACCAUCAUCAACUCGGGCGCUGUGCCGACUGAGUUUGAGCUCGACCCAUAUGUGCUCGACCGGGAGCUGCCGGAGUCGCCCGAGGUGGCGCCGCUGGCGCUGGUGCCGCUGAGUGAGUGCGUUCCGGUCACCGCCGACGAGCUUGUGCGGGCGAGCGAGCUGGCACUCUCGCGCGACGACGUGCCCGAGUUCCAGCGAAUGGAUGCGAGCUCGAUCGAGGUGCCGGACGUCCACUUUUCGUUUGUGGUCUCGUGCUCCGACUCGGACGAGUCGGCGAGCAUGCCUGGCCGUGGUGGCGGUGGCUCGGGCUCGUCGCAGACGUCUGUCUCGACCGCUGUUGGGCUCACCGCCGGCAGCGAGUCGCCUUGGGCGCAGGCAGCGGCGGAGUCGCAGGCGUCAAGCGUCGGCGGCGAGCAAGGCGAAGCCAAGGCGCGUCCCGACGUGCCGGUCUUUGGCCUCGACGCGUUUGAGGGCCGGGUACCCGGCUACGGCUUGACGUCGGUCGGAGUCACGUUCUCGCCGUCCGAGGUCGGAGUCUUUGAGCUCCACUGGCUCAUCACAUUUGACUCGUCAGAGAAGCGGCUGGGCGUUGUGGUGCGCGGCGUUGCCGAGCCGAUUCCGAUCUCUGUAGGCUCUACGGGGCUCGAUCUCGGCGUGUGCUACGCAGGCCACAUCUACCGCGACAUUGCGGUCCUGCACAACGACUCCACGUCGACGUGUAAGAUCUCACUGGCUGUGCCACCGCUGUACGCAGGAUGCGUCGAGUUUCUGCCGCAGGUCGGGUUUGUGCAGGCACAGUCGUCGCUCUCUGUCCAGGUCAAGUUUGCACCGUCCGAGGAGCUGUUGGCCAAGGUGGGGCGGCUGCGCGCGAGCGUCCCACAACGGUCCGAGCUGGCACAAGGCCACGGGGCGAUGGUCAACAUGCCGAUCAAGAUUUCGGUCAAGGGUCAGGCGCUGCCUGUGUUCUUCCACCUGUACGCAGCGCUGACGUCGCCGUCGCUGGUGGUGCAUCCGACAACACUCUCAUUCGGCCGUGUCUCGCUUCACGCCUCGCGCGAGCUCGAGCUCAGGGUCUCGAACCCGAGCCUGCUCGUGCAGCAGUACGGGUUCCUCACGCUCGACGCCGGAUGGUCGAUCGAGCCGCAGGACGGGUUCGGGUCGCUGCUUCCGGGCGAGUCGCGGGUGCUCCGAGUCCAGUUCGCGCCGACGGCUGCGGUGUCGUACACCACCAAACUGGUGUGCAAGUCAUCGCUGGGGCAGGAGCUUGUGGUGAGUGCCAGCGGGAGCGGGUUCAAGCCUGCGCUUGUGUUUGGCGCGCCGAGUCUUGCGCUGCCAGCCACGCCUAUCGGCUCGUGCUCGUCGGCGCGAGUCUACCUGCGCAACCCGAGCAAGGUUGCACACAAGUUCGAGCUAGCGUGGGCACCCGAGCUCCCGAUUGUGGUUGAGCCGUCGGUGGGCGAGGUGCCUGGGCGCGGCGAGAUACUCCUGCUGGUGCUGCUGGCGCCGGGCGAGCAGACUGCCGACUUGUUACCGGCUCCGCGCGGGGCAGCUGCCAGCGCUGAUGUUCCGGCUGCCAAGAACGCAUCUGAAGGUGGGAAUGGUGGGGGCGGGGGCGAGGUUGUGCGUCGCGAGUUGAGCGAGGAAGAGGCUGCGCUUGCGCUGCUGGAGCAGACACUGCAAAAGGUGGCUGCGGGUGGGCAGCCGCGUCGAAGCGGGACGCGGGCAAUUUGGGCCGAGGCCGGUGUCCGGCGCAGUCCAGUUGUGUGCUUUGUGGCGGGUGCUCCCAAGUCCGAGGCUGUCCUUCUUGAUCUUGUGCUUCCUGUUGUGGAGCCUGCGCUGGCGGUCAUUUCCAACGGCGGCUCGCGGGUGCUCGACUUUGGCGAGGUGCCGAUGGGGGAGCGAGUGGUCAAGACGCUGACGCUCCGCAACGAGUCGGAUGAGGUGGUAGAGCCUGCGGCGGGCCCGCUUGAUCCUGUCGAGUCAUCGUUUGUGGUACUGUCGGGCAUGCGAGCGGUGGCACCGGGCAAGAGCCUGCGGCUGCUACUGGAGUUUGCGCCGUCGUCACAGGGGCGGUACAACCAGGAGCUGGAGCUGUACAAGCGUGAAGAACUGCGGGAGCUAGGAACGAGCGCAACUGCUGUACUGAGCGUUGCGCUUGUGGGGCUUGGGUCGUCGCCGUCGCUGCUGAUCGAGCCGCUCCCGCGGGCAUUGUUCAUGGGCGACGUCAAGCCGGGCGAGAGCGUGAGCGAGCGGUUCACGCUCACCAACUCAUCAUCGUCGUUUGACGUCUCGUUUGUGGCCUCGCUGCGCCGUAGCGGCGAGCUGAACCGCAGCGGCAUCAACCCGUUCUCGGUCUCUGUGCCGCGCGGGCGGCUGCUUCCAGGAGAGCGACUGGAGCUUGUGGUCGAGUUUGCGCCGGACCAUGCGUCGGAGCGGUAUGCGGACGAACUGUUGAUUGAGCUUCCGUCGGAGCACGACAACGUGCGGAUUCCAUUGUCGGGCGUGGCGCACGCGCGCGAUGUGUUCCUGCUUGCGGUGGGGUCCGUGCCGACGCCGCUUGUGCAGGAUCUUGGUGCACCGCUAGUGUUUGCAGGCAUGGAAGAUGAGAGCGAGCCGCGGCACGAGAUUGUGGUCCAGGUCGAGCUGUUGGCGGCUGCCGAUGGGCGAAGCUCUGAAGGCAAGCUGCGGUUCGGCAACGUCGCGCGCGGCGCGCCGGCGGAGCUCAUCCUUGAGCCGCUCUCUGCCGAUGCAGUGGCGGCUGGGUUCGAGAUUCCAGGAGCGCGGACGGUGGUCCAGCCGCGGAGCGAGGAGAUGCUUGUAAUUCGCUACACCGGCCCACCGCGGCGAGCUGACGAGACGACCAUCCACGGCCACAUGGGACUCCUUGCCAAGGAUGGAAAGCGAGUGAGUGUGGUCGUCGUGGCCAAGUGGAAGAAGGAUCCCGAGGCUGCGGCAAUCGCAUACACGGCGGCAGGUGUGGCGUACAAGGCGGCAAAGGCACAUGAGGACGUUGUGCGGGUGUGCGAGAAGGCUGCGGCGCGGCACGAGGAGACAGGUGCGAUCUUCCACGCCGGACAGGCUAAAGAGCGGGCUGCUGAGGCUGCCCUCGCCCUCAACCAGCACUCGGUCGCCACCAGGCUGUACUCGGAGGCCGCGAUCAUGUAUCGGAUGAACGGCUCGCUGCCCGAGGCGCUCAAGGUCUACAACGUGGCCGCCAAGGCACUCGAAGGGAAGGACAAGUUUGGCGAGGCGCUGGACCUGCUCACUAUCGCCGAAGAGCUCUUUGCUGAUGGCGAGAUGGACUUGCGCUUUGCUUCGGAGACGUACCGCACCGCACUCCGCAUCGCCAUCAAGAAGCGCGACUGGGCCCGCUCUCUUGAGCUGCUCGAAGCCCAGAUCGGCCACUUUACCGCCCUUGAGCAGGACGGCAUGCUGUUCAAGACCAUGCUCUCAUACGUGGUUGUCGCCCUCGCCUCCAACGACUACGUCGCCGCAGACCGCGCCAACACCGCGCACCUCUCAGUCCGCGGCUACCUCCGUUCCACCGAGUCCAACGCCGCCAACGACCUGCUCGAUGCAUUUGAGUCUGCCGAUGACGACGCCAUCGCCGCUGUCGCCUCUCGCCAGGUCUUCACCUUCCUCGACCAGGGUGUCCUCCGCCUUGCCCGCGCUCUCACCUCGGGUGGCGUCCGCAGUGGCGGCAAGAAGAAGUCCUCCAAGACCAAGGCCCGCUCUAAAGCUGCUGCCGCUCCGGCUGCAUCUUCGCCUGACGCACCCGAUGCCGCCCAGGCCGCUCGCAAUGCGCUCUUUGCCGCCCCGUCCACCGCCGCUGCCGCUGCCGACGCCUCGACCACGGCGCCCCAUGCUGUUCUGCCGGUCGGUGAGGACGAGCCCUCGCCUGCCGCCGAUGUCGGCGCUAGUGAGCCUGCGCAUGUCGUCGAUGUCGGCGCUAGUGAGCCUGCGCAUGUCGAUGUCCUUGGCGAGGCCCAAGACGAUGAUGCAGAUGACGACGAUGAGGACUCCGACGACUCGCUGCUGUAG